ACGCGGCGAGUGAGCCAGUUUGUGUUCCGGGACCGGGCUUCCAGGUGAUUUUCCAACGAGAUGCUGCUCUCCAUAGGAAUGCUUAUGUUGUCAGCCACACAAGUCUACACCAUCUUGACUGUACAGUUCUUUGCAUUCUUAAACCUACUGCCUGUAGAAGCAGACAUUUUAGCAUGUAAUUUUGAAAAUGCAUCUCAGACAUUUGAUGACCUUCCUGCAAGAUUUGGUUAUAGACUUCUAGCUGAAGGUUUAAAGGGUUUUCUGAUAAACUCAAAACCAGAGAAUGCCUGUGAACCUACAGUGCCUCCACCACUAAAAAAUAAUUCUUCUGGUGCUUUCAUCGUAUUAAUUAGAAGACUUGAUAGCAAUUUUGAUAUAAAGGUUUUAAAUGCACAGAGAGCAGGAUUCAAAGCAGCCAUAGUUCACAAUGUUGAUUCUGAUGACCUCAUUAGCAUGGGAUCCAACGACACUAAUGUGUUGAAGAAAAUUGACAUUCCAUCUGUCUUUAUUGGUGAAUCAUCAGCUAAUUCCCUGAAAGAUGAAUUCACAUAUGAAAAAGGGGGCCACAUUAUUUUAGUUCCAGAAUUUAGUCUUCCUCUGGAAUACUACCUAAUCCCCUUCCUUAUCAUAGUGGGCAUCUGUGUCAUCUUGAUAGUCAUUUUCAUGAUUACAAAAUUUGUCCAGGACAGACACAGAGCUAGAAGAAACAGACUUCGUAAAGAUCAACUUAAGAAACUUCCUAUACAUAAAUUCAAGAAAGGAGAUGAGUACGAUAUGUGUGCCAUUUGUUUGGAUGAAUAUGAAGAUGGAGACAAGCUCAGAAUCCUUCCCUGUUCCCAUGCUUAUCACUGCAAGUGUGUAGACCCUUGGCUAACUAAAACCAAAAAAACCUGCCCAGUCUGCAAGCAAAAAGUUGUUCCUUCUCAAGGCGAUUCAAACUCUGACACAGACAGUAGUCAAGAAGAAAACGAAGUGCCAGAACAUACCCCUUUACUUAGGCCUUUGGCUUCUGUCAGCACCCAGUCAUUUGGAGCUUUAUCGGAAUCCCAUUCACAUCAGAACAUGACAGAAUCUUCAGACUAUAAGGAAGAUGACAAUGAAGACACCGAAAGUAGUGAGGCAGAAAAUGAAAUUAAUGAACAUAGUGUCGUGGUCCAACUGCAGCCUAAUGGUGAACGGGAUUACAACAUAGCAAAUACAGUUUGA